AUGCGAAUCCUUGGCAUGGGUGAAGAAUGGAAGGGUGGGGAUGUCAUGAGAAGUCCGGGGGGUGCUCAGAAAAUCCACAUAAUCCGCAAUGCCAUGCAAAAGUGGAAGGAUGACCCUAAGAAGAUCGUCAUGUUCACUGACAGCUACGAUGUGGUACUGCUGGGGAGCCCAGAGCAGGUGAAGAAAGAGUUCGAGGCGAGUGGGGCGAGGGUGCUCUUCUCUGCCGAGGCCUUCUGUUGGCCCGAUGAUACGCUCAUCCCCAAAUACCCCGCCGUCGAGAACGGGAAGAGGUUCCUCAACUCUGGUGGUGAGAUUUUCCACAACCUCAACAUCUUCGUGACGGUUUUCGAAGGAGCCCUCAUGUCUGGCGAGAACUGCAGCAUCAUAAUGUAUCGGUUUUUCAGGCACCGAGUCGCCGCUCCACGACUAGAAGACAAUAGGCAUAUAUUGCCCCGGUUCAUCGGGUAUGCGAAGGACCUGUACGACAUGCUUUCGGAAGGGGAAUCGUUGAAGGAUGACGAUGACGAUCAGCUCUUUUACACGCUCAUUUACUUGGACGAGAAGAAGAGAGCGAAAUACGGCAUGAAGUUGGAUCACCAGAGCCACAUCUUUCAGAACCUCAAUGGAGCCCUCGGAGAAGUGGAGUUGCUCUUCCGGGGGAAGGAGGCGUACCUGCAGAAUACGGCAUAUGGGACGGUGCCGUUGGUUGUCCAUGGAAAUGGGCCAAGCAAGGUGUCCCUCAAUUCACUGGGCAAUUACCUCGCCAAGGCAUGGAAUCCACAGGACGGUUGCCUCGAGUGCAAGGAGAACAUGAUCGACCUUGAACACAAAGAUGUCCGUUGUGUACCUCCACAUUUCAUUCUCAAAGCAGAAAAGGAGUGGCCUCAGGUUCUGAUUGCAAUCUUCAUUGAACAAGCAACUCCCUUCUUUGAAGAAUUCUUGAACCGCAUCGAGGGACUUGUGUAUCCCAAGUCCAAAAUUCAUCUCUUCAUCCAUAAUGCUGCGGAGUUCCAUGAGAAGGAUGUGAAGGAAUUUGUGGAUCAAGAGAGAGACCCUGCUUAUGCAAGUGUCAAGCUCAUUCAUGCCUUAGAUAACAUCAAGGAGUGGCAUGCACACAACCUUGCCAUGGAGCAUGCAGUGAAGAAGGACUGCGAAUGGGUGUUGAGCAUCGAAUCCACUGCUCAUCUGGACAAUCCUUACGCUCUCCGCCUCCUCAUCGAGCAAAACCGGACCGUGUUGGCCCCUCUGAUGAUAAGGCCGUACCGAGCUUGGAGUAAUUUUUGGGGAGCACUCACGUCGGAUGGUUUCUACGCUCGCUCCUUCGAUUACAUGGACAUCAUCCAGGGAGAAAAGAGAGGGGUCUGGAACGUUCCCUACAUCUCAUCCGCUUACAUAAUUCACCGCUCCAUCAUCAAGGACAAGGAUAGGAAGCCGUCAUACAUCAAGAACCUUCUGGAUCCCGACAUGGCAUUCUGCGAGAAUCUCAGGGAAAAGGUUCGUCCCAUUUUUCCCAUUCCUCCGUCGUUGGUGAAAGGGAUCUCCAUGUUCGUGACGAAUCGCCUCGACUGGGGGCAUCUGGUGGAUCCAGAGAACUUUGAGACGACCCACCUUCAUAACGAGCUGUUCGAGAUCAUCAACAACCGCUGGGAUUGGGAAAAGCGCUAUAUCCAUCCUAAUUAUUCCCAAAGUCUCCAAGAAGAUGCCGUUCUCUCUCAGCCAUGUCCUGACGUGUUUUGGUUCCCUAUGGUCUCCGACCGUUAUGCCAAGGAGCUGAUCGAGGAACUUGAGACCUUCGGAAGAUGGUCUGAUGGUACAAAUUAUGAUCCUCGCUUACAGGGGAGCUAUGAGAAUGUACCCACAGUGGACAUUCACAUGAAACAGAUAGGGUUUGAGGAAGAGUGGCUUCACUUCCUGCGGGAGUACGUUCGUCCUCUGCAAGAGUUGGCCUUCAAGGGCUACACGAAUGACGACCCUCGCAUUGAGGGUGGCUAUGAGAAUGUGCCCACUGUGGACAUCCAUUUGAAUCAAGUGGGCUUAGAGAAACAGUGGCUGUUUUUCCUGAAGGAGUAUGUGUAUCCCCUGGUGCAGAAGGCAUUUCAAGGCUACGAGAGCGAUCCGCCAACUGCUAUCAUGAACUUUGUGGUGCGCUACAAGCCAGAUGAGCAACCAUCCCUGCGGCCUCACCAUGACUCCUCUACAUACACCAUCAACAUUGCCCUCAAUCGAGCUGGGGUUGACUUUCAGGGAGGGGGAUGUCGGUUCCCCCGCUACGACUGCAGCGUGAAUGACACAAAGCUCGGCUGGCUUAUCAUGCACCCGGGAGGACUGACGCAUCUCCACGAAGGACUGCCCGUCACAAAUGGGACCCGGUACAUCUUGGUGUCCUUUGUGGACCCAGACGAAUCCGAACUGGAGACGUGCGGAGAUGGAUGCGAAGAUCACAAUGACCUUGUCUCUCAAGUAUUCUAUCCUACCUCCUCUUCCUCCUCAUCCUCUUCUGGUCCUUCUUCCCCUGCAAAUUAUUCCUCCCCUACUAAUUCUUCUUCCCCUUCUAAUUCUUCCUUCUCUCUCAACCUAACUCGAGAGGAAGAAGAGGAUUAUUCCGAAGAAGAUCCCCUUGAUUACUGGAAACCUCCUGACUUCUCCCGCCAAGCCUAUGGUGGAGGCUGUCAGUUUCUGCGCUACAACUGUAGUAUCCGAGCGACGAAACGGGGCUGGAUGCUCAUGCACCCUGGUAGAUUGACGCACCUCCACGAGGGCUUGCCUGUCACCAAAGGAGUGCGCUACAUCCAAAUCUCUUUUGUUGAUCCUUGACUGCCUCUCUCCAUCUCACAUCUCAUGUGAUAUUGUAGAAAAAGAAUAACUUAAAAACAUUGGAAGCCACUUCUCCUGCAAACCGAGGCUUUAAUGGAGCGCAUUUCCACGACUGAGUGCGUGUCUGUGCAAUCUCUUUUGCAUACUUCAUUGUUUUAUUUUUCCCCCGUGUUUUGUCCGUGUUUUCGUUGUUCAUGCAACCAGCGCGAGAGAAAACACUGCUCUUCCAAGUGAUAUUGUUGAACGGUUUGUACUUGAAUCCUGCAUUUGACAAACACGAACGAUAAUAAAUUAUGGAUGAGACUCAACAUCGUUCGAAGACUCGAUAGAGAUCGGGAAGAUGAGCGACUUGGAUGAAGGUGGCAUCGGAAGCAAAGCUCUUGGGAGGAGACAGCAUCUGGCGCAUGGCUGGAUACACUACGUGCUCCGUCGUCCAUUCCCAGUUCUCUUUUUUCAUCUGGAACAGGCACAGG